AUGAUCGACUCGCCCCCCAAACCAGCGUGUGAGCUGUAUGAGCUGAUGCAGUAUCACUGCCGGCUUCAGCAACAUCGUAUACUGUGUCACCCGGUCGAGCGUGUAUUCCGCAAGUGUGGCGAACGUCGUCCGGUCGUCGAAGUGACGCAUGUCGUCGAGUAUACGCGAGAAGGCAUCCCCUAUCUACCGCCGGGCGUAGCCGAUGCGCUACCGCAAGGAUGA